AUGGCUGCCUCAAUGUACCAGCGCGACCCGCGUGCGGGCCUCUUCCUUGGUGGAUCGCGUGUCAGCGGCAGCGAGGUCCGCGACCAGAACGUGACUGCGUGCCAGACGGUCGGAAACAUUCUGAAGUCGUCGCUUGGUCCCGUCGGACUGGACAAGAUGCUUGUCGACAACGUUGGAGAUGUCACGAUUACGAAUGACGGAGCCACGAUUCUUUCUCUUCUCGAGGUGCAGCACCCGGCUGCCCGUACGCUUGUGGAGCUCGCCGCGCAGCAGGACAAGGAGGUCGGAGACGGUACGACGUCGGUUGUGCUCCUCGCCGCCGAGCUUCUCAGGAGGGCAAACGACCUUGUGCGCAACAAGAUCCACCCGACGACCGUUAUUGCUGGCUACCGUCUGGCGUGCAAGGAGGCGUGCCGGUUCAUGGUUGACCAUCUGUCGACGAAGGUUGACAAGCUCGGACGUGAGGCGCUCAUCAACGUUGCCAAAACGUCGAUGUCGUCCAAGAUCCUGUCGGCGGACGACGACUUCUUUGCGCCGCUCGCCGUCGACGCCAUGCUCGCUGUCAAGACGGUGAACCCGAAGGGCCAGAAGAAGUACCCGGUCAAGGCGGUCAACGUGCUCAAGGCGCACGGAAAGAGCGCGCGUGAGUCGUUCAUGGUCAACGGCUACGCCCUCAACUGCACCGUCGCGUCGCAGGCGAUGAAGACGCGCAUCCAGAACGCCAAGAUCGCGUGUCUCGACAUGAACCUGGCGAAGCAACGCAUGCACCUCGGCGUGCACAUCACGAUCGACGACCCGGACCAGCUCGAGGCGAUCCGUGCGCGCGAGUCCGAGAUCACGCUGGAGCGUGUGCGGAAAAUCCUGGCGUCGGGCGCCAACGUCAUCCUCACGACCAAGGGUAUCGAUGACCUCGUGCUCAAGGAGUUUGUCGAGGCGGGCGCCAUGGCCGUCCGCCGCUGUCGCAAGGAGGACCUCAGGCGUAUCGCCAAGGCGACUGGCGCGACUCUCGUCUCGUCGCUUGCCAACCUCGACGGCGAGGAGACGUUCGAGGCCUCCUCGCUCGGCCAGGCCGACGAGGUUGUCCAGGAGCGUAUCUCGGACGACGAGCUCAUCCUCGUCCGCGGCACCAAGGUCGUCAACUCGUCCUCGAUCAUCCUCCGCGGCGCGAACGACUACAUGCUCGACGAGAUGGAGCGUGCCCUCCACGACGUUCUUUCGGUGAUCAAGCGUACGCUCGAGUCUGGCUCUGUCGUCCCCGGAGGCGGUGCCGUCGAGACGGCGUGCUCCAUCUACCUCGAGAACUUUGCCACGACCCUCGGAUCCCGUGAGCAGCUCGCCAUUGCCGAGUUUGCCGCCGCCCUCCUCAACAUCCCCAAGACCCUCGCCCUCAACGCCGCCAAGGACUCGACGGAUCUCGUCGCCAAGCUCCGCGCCUACCACAACGCCGCCCAGUCCGCCCCCGCCGGAGACCCCAAGCAGGGCCUCAUCUUCUACGGACUCGACCUCCUUAACGGCGAGGUCAUCGACAACCGCAACGCCGGUGUCCUUGAGCCGACCAUGAGCAAGAUCAAGUCGUUCAAGGCCGCCCUUGAGGCGUGUAUCGCCCUCCUCCGUAUCGACGACUCGAUCACCGUCGCCCCUGAGCAGAGGGAGCAGGAGGACCCCCACGCUCACAUGUAA